AUGUACAUCUUUUACGUUCUUUACAUCGUACUGCUGACGUUCGAAUAUUUUGACUGUGGAAGGGUGCAUAAGAUUCCAGUUGCCUUAAACCAAAGGGAAAUUCGUUACGCCGAUGACCCAACUUGUUCGCGUAAUCCGAACAAUCCAAACAAUUCGAAGAAAACUCCGGAGAAAAGUAGUAACAUCGCGCAGAAGGCUGCACAGGAAGCUAAGGCUGCUUCGGAAGCGCAGAAUAUCGCUGGUCAGCAAGCCGCUCGUCAAGUAAAGACACAACUGGCCGAAAAAGCGGUACAGGCUGCAAAAGCAGCGGAGGAAGCGCUCACAGGCAAGAAAGUCGUAGUGGAUCAGUUGCAAGAAGAAGUGAGAGAAGCGCAAUCGGUUGUUCAAGAGGAAUCCUCGUCCUUGGAACAGGAACAAGCUAAUGUUAACGCAGCUUUACAAGCAGCGCGUCAGUCGCAAGAUCAGUUAAAGACGCUGACGCACGCAGUACAAACGGCUAAGGCGAACGCGGCCAAUGCCCAGGCUGCCGCGAAUGGAGCUCAAAAAACUUUACGAGACAAGGAAGAAUUGGUGGACGCGGCGAAACGGCGGGUCGAGGAACUGUCGAAUCAGCUGAGAGCCGCUAAACAGGAACUCGCCAACACGAAUCGAGCAGCUGCUAAAGCAAAUGCCGCCGCUAACGAGGCGAAAGCCAACGCCAGUAGGAACAAAAGGCGACUGGAAAACAUUCGGAGGAUGAGGAUCAUGAAAAGGUAA